CUUUUUAGUAGAGACCGUAAAGAUUAAUAAUAAAGAUAAAUACUCUAACUUUGAUUAGAACCCCGAUACAAUAACGCUUUGAGAGAGGGCGGGGAUGUUGACGUUUCUCGGGCGGAGUGAUACUUCUGCACUGUUUAAACAGUGGAAGAGCACCUGGCCUCACCUGUCUGGAACUUUGUUUCCGCUUGCGGGAAACGGCAAAACUGGCGACUUUUAAACGAAAUUACGGAUUGUCUCAGUGAUGUGACCGGAUUUAAAAACAGAGAAAUGCGAACAAAGAGGACUUUUAGGAGCUGGUAACAACAGAUUCUCAGCAGUGCAGCUGGUAUUGACUGGAAGUAAAGAAACACCAAGAAUGGCUGACCUAAUCAACAACACAAGUGAGGAGCUGGCAUUUUCACCUGCUGCUUCAACUGCAGAGCCACAAACGCCAGUAAGUAAAAAGCCACAAGAACACAACGGCUUGGAGGACAAAAGAAAGCUUACAGAUGAUGAGGAGGAGGAGGAGGAGGAAGAAGAAGAAGAAGAUGAUGAUGCGACCAGCUCUGCUUUUCUGGAGCCAAGCACUUUACCGUGGUCGGCAGGCAGAAACAGCAGAGCCCUUACAGAGCAGGAUGAGGGAAUCUCGUCAGAAAAAGGAGGAUCAGAGCUUGACGAGAGGGACACGGGAAUCAGCAGAGGGAGCCAGGACCUGUCAGAGGAGCAGAGCCAGGAAGAGAGCGAUGUGAAGAGCAAGACCAAAUGGAGGGAGAGCAUGCCCGAGGGGGAGAGGUGGAGGGACGAUGAGAUUAAGGUGAAGCAGGGUGAUAAAGAGGACGGCUCCCUCGCCGAUGAUGAGGAUGAGGAAGAGGAAGACGAAGGGGGAUUAACAUGGGUCUCGGAAAAAUCAUCUCCAGGUUUCACGCCACAAGUCACGAUUUUGAAUCACUCCACGAAAGAGGUUCCCGAGGUGAGCAGGCCACUCGGAGAGAAGGAGGUGGAGCCGGAGAUAGAGCACGACUCCGUUGUAGAAUUUUACCCGGAGUGGACAACCAAUGACGACAAGUACUACCUGUGUGAGCAUAUCUGCAAGGAGAAACUGAGGGUGGUUUUGGCGAUGGUAGCUGCAGCAAUACUUUUCCCUUUCCUGGUGUGGGGUGGUUACGCCUUAAUACCUUUUGAUUCGCCAAAGCUUGAAAGCGCCCCCCUCAGGGUGGUGUACACACUGCGCUGCGCCUUUUUUGCCAGCGUGCCCAUCCUGCUCGGCGUGGUGGUGCAGGGCCUCGCCCGGCUGCGUUACAGCGCGGUCAAGCCCCUCGUUCAGAGUAACCUGUUGAACAUACAAGUGGCCGUGCACUGGCACUACGUCAAUGAAUCGCUCGGCCUCUUCCUCUUCUACUUCCUGCAGCUUGCUGUCAUGGCAACCUACAUCAGCCAGGACCUCAUCAAACUGGUGCCGCUGCUUACCAUCGUAUUUGUUUUUGGCAGGCUGAUCUACUGGCUCUGCCUCUCCCUGGGCAGCAGCGCCAGAGGCUUCGGCUUCGGCUUCUCCUUCUUCCCCAUACUAGUCAUGCUGGGCACCAACCUCUACUUCGUGUGCUCGUCGAUGGGACAAGACGGCGUCUUUGACGUGGCGCUGCCCACCUCUGCUCCUCCACCCAGGCAGCGCUGGUGGGGUUAAAAGGGCGUGGAGCAGAAAGAGACAAUGAAACCUGUAAUAUAAUACUUGGAGUAUAACGAUACAGUUUUUGCUCACAGACAGCUCGUUCUGUCCUGGUGGGUCCAAGUUUUAAUAAAGAAGUCAUCUGCUGAUGAAUUAAA